AUUUGAACUGGUCCAAUUGAGCUCGAGGGUCUUAUUACAGCUUCGAUGGCGGUCAUGUCGCCGCAGCACGCGGCCCCUUUCCUAUCUCCCACACGCGGUGACGCCCUCAAGAAGCGACCGAUGGCGUCACCAGCAACCGCGGUUGAGAAACCUCCCAAGACUCCCGGCAGCGCCACCGUCGGCCGCAAGCGCAAGAGUCCCAGCGCCCAGCCAAGCAGCAAUGCUACCACACCCGCCUCCAAUAAGAAGAGGACGCGGCUGUCCAUUGGCACGCCCGGCAAAGUGACACCAUUGGCCGACGUACGUGAACGAGAAGUUGAGCGGACGUUCACAGAGCAUGAGGUAUCCGAGGUGUACAAGACCAUCCGUAAGCAGACUGGAAGUCUCGGUGGUAACGCAGCCGGUGGAGCCAUCUACGGAGAGAUCACCCAAGCGUCGUUCCAGAGGGUAGUUGACUAUAUGAAGGAGAACUGCGAACUCUCCAAGACCAGCCGAUUCAUUGAUGUCGGCUCGGGACUGGGCAAGCCCAACUUCCACGUAGCUGUGGACCCUGGUGUGCAGGUUUCGUACGGCAUCGAGCUCGAGGAGCUACGCUGGCAUCUGUCGUUGCAUAAUCUACGCAGCGUAUUGUCGCUGGACUCGCAACGCAAGAAGCCUCUUGCGACGGUAUUUACAGCGGGGGAUAUCACCCACGCUCACUCGUUCGAACCCUUCUCGCAUGUGUAUAGUUUUGAUGUGGGCUUCCCACCCGACGUGAUGGACAAAAUGGCCGACAUGUUCAACCGCAGUUCAGCUAAAUACUUUGCCAGUUUCCAUGCACCACGGAAGGUCGUGGACAUGUAUGGGUUUUCAGUAGAGAAUAUCGGACGAGUGGCGACGUCGAUGGCAGGUUCGAGUGAGGGACAUCAGUGCUACUUCUAUCGGCGUGUGGCGUCGACUGACGAGGAAAGUGAAUCAGAGGACGAUGAGGUGUCGGUGAAGAUGUCACCUCCAAAUAAUACCGCAAAUGGCCCGCCGAUGACGGUGGAUCCUCUCUUUAGUAAGGGUAUUGAACUUCUGAAGGGCGGCAGUGAGGGUAUGAUCGAGUGGAUUGCCGACUUCUUCGGCCAAGCGAACGCUGGACGCACUCGCAGACAAAAGCGUGAGCUGCGUGAGCGCCCGAUGGACUCUUACUACCCAACGGUCAAGUCACACGUAGCAGCGGGGCGGAAAAGCAACAGGAAGGUACCCAGGACAACCAAGCGCAAGAUUAACCUUGGUGUCUAGACUGCCGUGUUUGCAAUUACGCUGGACCCUGCUGCCUGUUCACAAACGAAAUUACUAUAGUACAAGCACUGUUUACGUGUAGUUAUGGGGAACACAAACAGAUCUAUAGGAAUACAAGCUGCAUACAUGCAUUUUUACGCUCUAUAGCCU